CAAUUUUCGAUUUAGUCCCUAGUUCGCAUAGUUUGUGUCAAUAUCGCUUUGAUUUUCUCGCUCCUCGUCUUGGUCUCGUUUAAGCUACACACUAAGUACCGAUACCCUCUACUGCCAGGUGCUGCGUAGCAGUGUGGUGCACUAAUUAAAGUAUUCAAACAGCUGCAGUAGUGCAAUCACAAUUGGUUAAGAAUCCGUAAAAGUAAAACUGCAUCUGUUCGAGACAUUUGCCCCUCGAGUUCGUGAGUUAGAUCGUGUGGAUUUCGCGGGAUUGAUUGUGUAUUGUUCUUUUGAGUUUACCGAGUGAAGAAUUGAAGGACGCCAGCCUGCCAAAGCAGCAGCAGCCUCAAAUUGCGCUCGCUCACUUUUCAACACAAAAGCUGAAGGACAACUAACGUCGACGCGGCAGGGUUCGACGAAGGGACAGAACGGAAGCGUACGCGCGGCACUUCAAAAUGUUACCAAGGAUACUCAGAAUAGCGAUAGUGUUAUGCAUCAUCGUUGCAAUCUUCUCACAGACCACCGAUAGUGCUCAAACAAAACGCAGAAUACGGCGACCCACUAGUCUGAAGUCGACAGCCGCCAAACAGGCCGUAGAAGAUAAUCAAAUUCCAGUGAAGAAGGUUGCUCAAGAUCGGUCCGAUCAAACGCCGUCCUCAGCCACAAACCGAUUUCGGGUGCGUUCGAAAACGCGAGGUACAGCGCUAGCGGCUGGUGCUGCAGCCGGCGGAGCUGCUGCCGUCGUUGCCGGAGCAUCCACCAAUUCGGUGAUCACCAAGAAGGUGCAGGAUAAGGAUGGGUACAAGAUCGUGUGCUACUACACCAACUGGUCCCAGUACCGUACCAAGCUCGGUAAAUUCGUCCCGGAGGACAUCCCAGCCGAUCUCUGUACGCACAUCAUUUUUGCCUUCGGCUGGUUGAAGAAGGGUAAGCUGAGUUCAUUUGAGAGCAACGAUGAAACUAAAGACGGCAAAACCGGACUGUACGAUCGGAUGAUGACCCUAAAGAAGGCCAACCCGAAAUUGAAGGUCCUGCUGGCCAUCGGUGGUUGGUCGUUCGGAACGCAAAAAUUCAAGGAAAUGUCCGCCACCCGGUAUGCGCGACAGACCUUCAUCUACUCGGCCAUUCCGUUCCUGCGGCAGCGUAAUUUCGACGGUUUGGAUAUGGAUUGGGAAUACCCGAAGGGUUCGGAUGACAAGAAGAACUUCGUACUGCUGUUGAAGGAACUGCGAGAAGCUUUCGAAGCAGAAUCUCAGGAAAUUCGUCAACAAAGACUGCUGUUGACCGCUGCCGUUCCUGUUGGUCCCGAUAACGUACGCGGAGGAUACGAUGUUCCAGCUGUGGCGAGCUAUCUGGACUUCAUCAACCUGAUGGCGUACGAUUUCCACGGAAAAUGGGAACGAGAAACGGGACACAAUGCUCCACUGUAUGCUCCAUCUUCGGACUCUGAGUGGCGCAAACAAUUAUCGGUGGACUAUGCUGCAAACUUGUGGGUCAAAAUGGGAGCUCCCAAGGAUAAAUUGGUCAUCGGUAUGCCAACUUAUGGUCGUUCCUUUACACUGUCUAACACGGAUCGAUACAAGGUCAACUCGCCGGCAAGCGGUGGUGGCAAAGCUGGAGAAUACACUAAAGAGUCUGGAUUCUUGGCUUACUACGAAAUUUGCGAACAGUUGUUGAACGGUGCCGCCUAUGUUUGGGAUGAUGAGAUGAAGGUCCCGUACAUGGUCGAUGGUGAUCAGUGGGUUGGAUUCGAUGACGAACGAUCGAUCCGUAACAAGAUGACCUGGAUCAAGACGGGCGGAUAUGCCGGCGCUAUGGUGUGGACCGUGGAUAUGGACGACUUCAGUGGUACCGUUUGCGGCGGAAACGUGAAGUACCCGUUGAUUGGUGCUAUGCGCGAAGAACUGCGCGGUGUCAGCCGAGGAAAGGAUGCCAAGGACGUGAACUGGUCUGAGGUGGCCGCAACUAUUCAAGAAAAGGAGGAAGAGAAACCCGCUCCGAUCAAGAUUUCUGUUUCUGAGGUGCUCAGCAAGGUUCAAAAGCCACAGAAGAAAAUCAUCAAACAAGGAUUGGCUACCAUUGAGAAGAAUUCUCGGCCCGGACAAGUCUUCUGCUAUCUGACAAGUUGGUCUGCUAAGCGCCCGGGUGCCGGAAAGUUCGAACCUAAGGAUAUCGAUUCCAAUCUUUGCACGCACGUUGUUUACGCCUUCGCCACGCUGAAGGACCACAAGCUGACCGAAGCCAACGAAAAUGAUCCAGAUAUGUAUGACGAAGUUAUUGCUUUACGCGAAAAGAACCCCGAUCUGCAGAUUCUGCUGGCAAUUGGAGGGUGGGCCUUUGGAUCUACUCCGUUCAAAGAGUUGACAUCGAAUGUGUUCCGUAUGAAUCAGUUUGUGUAUGAAGCGAUUGAAUUCCUCCGCGAGUAUCAAUUCAAUGGUUUGGAUGUUGACUGGGAAUAUCCACGUGGAGCGGAUGAUCGUAAGGCCUAUGUUGAUUUGUUGCGUGAGCUACGUAUUGCUUUCGAGGGUGAAGCCAAAACCGCUGGACUACCUCGGCUGUUGUUGACGGCCGCCGUACCUGCCUCAUUCGAAGCAAUUGCUGCUGGAUACGAUGUACCGGAGAUUUCCAAAUAUCUUGACUUCAUCAACGUUAUGACCUACGACUUCCAUGGACAAUGGGAACGCCAAGUUGGACACAAUUCCCCGCUCUAUCCAUUGGAUACUGCCUCCGCAUACCAGAAGAAAUUGACCGUCGACUUCAGUGCACGUGAAUGGGUUAAACAAGGAGCACCAAAGGAGAAACUAUUGAUCGGUAUGCCCACUUAUGGACGUUCGUUCACUUUGGUUAACCAAACACAGUUUGACAUUGGAGCUCCAGCAUCCGGAGGUGGUUUGCCUGGAAAGUUUACCAACGAGGCUGGUUUCCUGAGCUAUUAUGAAAUAUGUGCCUUCCUUGGGGUGGACAACACCACGCUGGUAUGGGAUUCUGAACAACAAGUGCCAUUUGCCUACCGCAAGGAUCAGUGGGUUGGAUUUGACGACGAGCGAUCCCUCAAAACAAAGAUGGAAUGGUUGAAAGAUAUGGGUUUCGGUGGUAUCAUGGUUUGGUCUGUCGAUAUGGAUGACUUUUCGGGUCGUUGCGGAGCUGGCAAGUUCCCCUUAUUGAACAUACUGAAUGAAGAGCUGAAGGACUACAAAGUCCAACUGGAAUACGACGGACCAUACGAAUCGUACGGACCACGUGGAGCCUACACCACCAAGGAUCCUAACGAAGUUGUCUGCGCUGAAGAGGACGGCCAUAUUAGCUACCAUCCGGACAAGAGCGAUUGUACUCACUACUUCAUGUGCGAAGGAGAGCGCAAACAUCACAUGCCCUGCCCAGCUAACUUGGUCUUCAACCCGAACGAGAACGUCUGCGAUUGGCCAGAAAAUGUAGAGGGCUGCAACCAGCACACGCAGUCACCUCCUGCGGCCUAAUUUGAAUCGAAAGGUUCACAGCAUAAUCGCGAUUAACACAAACACUUCCCAUUCCCUUCAGCUCGCACCCUACUUCUUUAGAUUUAGCAUUAGAGGAUAAUUAUGAUGAAUUCAUUAUUGCCAAGCUAGAAAGAGCCACGAAAACAAGAUUAUGUAACAGAGAAUACUCUUCAUGAUGGAUUAAUCUUCAGGACUCCGCCUAAGAAAUACUAAUCGAUCGAUGAACUGUUGUAAAUAUCUUCAUGUAUCGCUUAAUAAUCGACAAGUACCGAAAAAACUGCCAACCAGACAAUAUAUCUAUAACUGCCAUUAAAUUUGCUCACUAUCGUACCGAAUUACACAAUGGAGAUAAAUUUAUUUAUGAACACAUUUCAUUUAAAAUCACAAAAACUGAUACCUUUUAUGAGAAACAUUAUGUGUAGUACCCUUCUUAUACCCACCCCUUUCUAUAACUAUUUUCAUUAUGGAAUACUAUUUAUAUGAAAACUUUAUGCAAGCAAACCCCCUAAGUUUAAGAUUUUUCUUUAGAAGUUAGAACGAGUAACAGAACUAAGCAAACAAUCAACACAAAUGAUGAAGAAAUUUCUUCAUCAAAAACAAAAACAGAAACUAGCACACAAACACUGAAAUGCUAUCUUAUUUUUUGAAACUAGGUAGACCUUCUACACUGCUAAACCCAUAAAUCUAACUAUUUAACCUAAAACACCUUCGAACCAUCGAUCGGACCCCUAUUCUUGACAUAUAAAUUGGCAACUCUGUGUAAAUGUGUUUUGAGUAGAUGUAUAAAAUCUGUGAUAAUUAAGUGUAUAUACAAAAAUACAACGAAAUGGAGCGAAACACACCAAGCCAACCAACCAACCAUCUAUGCAUGUGUGCGCUCCCAACUCUACAAAAACAGCUCCGAUAAAACAGAUAUCCUUCUUCCCUGAAUUAAGUGAAUAAAACAAACAGAAGCUAGAAUCGAACAGAAGGAAGAUGAAUGAGCUGCUCGUUUUCUAUUUGUAAGAAAAUGAACGCCGUAGUGAGAUCGGCAGGCAGUAGUGCCGCUAGCAGUUGCAUUAGAUCUUCCCCGCCGAAACCGGUGGACAGAUUAAGUUGUUUUGUUUAAAUGUUGUUCGAAAAAAUAUUGCACCAUAAAAACACCUACGAGGAAAAAAAGAGUAUAGGAAAACAAAUAGCGUCGAACAGAGCAAAUGCGAAUUGAAUGCAGCUAGGAGAACGAACGCUAAUAAUACGUAUACAAAACAAACGAAAAACAGAGAAAACGUUGACUAAGUGUAAAAUAUAUUGUAUGUAAUGUACGAGACAAUUUAGAAUUAUUUUUAAAUAAAGAAUUAUUUAAAUUCAAA